AUGAGCUCACACGACAGCAUAAACGGCCAUUGGGCACAACGACCAUGCGACAUACCCGUCUACAGCCACGCGCAAUACAGGCGCGACGGGAAGUCAUGCACACUGGGCGACACGGAGGGCAACGAGCUACGACGACAGUGCAUCAUCGAGCUCACAUGGGAUAAACUUCCCGACGACAUCGACAGCGACGAGAUAUGCCCCAAGCAACCAUGCUACAACAAAGACGGCACCGAGAAAUACUUCAAAGAAACAUUCUACCGCAUCUACAACCAGCGGCACGCCCAGCGUACCUUUCCCGCCGCGUCGGUGAACAAGGGCAUGGCUUGUGAUUUGGCCGCCUUUUUGUCUGGUGGCUGGUCCAUAUCGAAGUGCCGCUUUGGCGUAUUGCCACGCUGCCUUGUGUUCGUGUAUGGCGUGGAGUCGCUGGACAGUGCGCGGAUCAACAGGAGGCUGCUGGAUAUAUACCGCAGGAGCAUCGUGCCCACGCUGUGCGAAGAGGGCGACGACGGCAACUACGGUUCCACCUCCGUGCAGGACGUGCACUGCGUGCAGACCAUGGCCACCCGCAUCUAUUUCGGCCUCUUCGUGGCGGAGUCCAAGUUCCGCUCUGAGACCGAGAAGGCGACCAGGUUGAUAAAGGCGCGUGACCGCGAGGGCCUCAUGGCUUUCAUCACGAAGCCUGAGGUCGAGAAGAGGAACGUCCAGCGCGUCGUGCUGAAGGUGCCCCCGCGGCGGCCUCCGCGGAGUGUACCUCCGGGACCCGAGUUGCUGGAGUCGGUGCUGGAGUCGGUGCUGGUGGUGGAGUCGGUGCUGGAGUCGAUGUGCUGGUCGGAGCGGGAGUCGGGAGCCGCUUGGUCCAGACCUCCCGGGGGCGGGGUCGGUGAGCUAGUCGAUGCGGGAGCCGAUGUGCUGGGCGGAGCGGGAGUCGGGAGCCGUUUGGUCCAGGCGUCCUGGGGACGGGGUCGGUGA